AUGGGUGUUCAAAUUGCUACCUGUGGUGCUGUAGCCACAUCAGGCGUUACUUUACUGCUGUCAUUGGCAGUAAUCUAUUAUAUGCACUCAGAAAUUACCUCUAUGUGGUCCGAGUUAGAUGCUGAAAUCGACAAAUUUAAGUUGCUCACAAAUGAUUCGUGGAAGUUCAUGCUGAUGCUUGGGGUAGGUAGCCCUUCUAAUCGACUACGCCGACAGUAUGGUGGCUACGGAGCAAGCGGGAUGAACACAGAACAUUCAGAAGAAUACUCCACUCCAAAACUCGGAAAGAAAUUUCUGGUGAUACCACUGCAACCAGGAAAAUAUCUCGGCGCCUCACAAAAUUGUAUAUGCGCACCCUUCAACGGCUGCCCAUCAGGACCACCUGGACCGCCAGGUUAUGACGCCCCAGAUGGCCUCCCUGGUGUGGACGGACUUGAUGGGAUGGACAACGUUAACUUUAUGAAAAACAGUGACUUUGUUGGGUGCAUUUACUGCCCCCAAGGUCCGCCGGGAGUGGAGGGAAAGACAGGACCAAUGGGUAAGCGAGGAAUUCGCGGUGCGAAAGGUGCACCAGGUCUACCUGGUCGCGACGGUAAUCCGGGAAUGCCUGGACCACAAGGCUUACCUGGUCCUCAUGGACCUGACGGAAAGCAAGGAAGGAAUGGACGAAAGGGUGAAGAUAGCGAACAACAAAUUAGCAGAAGGGGACGAAAAGGUCCAGCUGGUGAACCCGGUGCACAGGGUCCACGAGGAAAUCCCGGAAGAAAUGUCUAUGUGGGACCUGUUGGCCAGCAAGGAAUGCAAGGAAUUGCUGGAUUCCAAGGAGCCGCUGGUGCAGAUGGAGAGCCGGGGCCUGCUGGUCCUCCAGGACCUCCAGGAAGAGACGCCACGAUCGGCAUAAAACAAUUUGAUCUGCAUGUUUCGCCAGCAAGCGAGGCGAUGAUAUGGGAAUGUGGUGACAAAUAUUCGGCAUUCGAGAAAGAAAAGGAGAACUAG